GUGUGUAGGUUCUUUGAUAUUCAGAUUUAUUACAAAACUUUUCGAUUAGCUCAGAUUAUCAGACGCAGUGUGAUAAAAGUAGAUUAGAAAGGCAGCACAAACGCCAGAACUCGCCAAAAGUCUAUUGAAUUCAUUCCCAAUAUAGAACUUCUUACGCUCCCAUUCGGUCUGUUUACAAUUUGAAAACUUUAAUUUCCUCUCUUCAAUGAAUAAGUGGGGAUACACUUCUGAAAAUAUUUAGCAAUGCCACCAAAGAAGGUGGUAAGGAGAAGGAAAAAGAAACCCGUGAAGAAGGAACCUGUGAUUACAGAUGAAGAAAUAAAAUUGUACCAGCAAGUGUUCAGACGUUUCGAUAAGGAUAAGAAUGGGACGAUUUCGGUAGAGAACCUAGGGAAGGUUAUGCAAGCAAUUGGGCAGGAUGUUACACAAGAGGACGUCAGAUCCAUGAUCCAAGACUAUGACAAGAGUGCCAAUGGUUUCAUCAGCUACCUCGAUUUUAUGACGAUGAUGGCCAAAAGAGGAGACCAGACUGAAAUAAUAACCGAGGAGGAACUGACAGAAGUAUUCAAUGUGUUUGAUAUGGAUGGAUGCGGUACUAUUACUUCCAAUGAUCUCCGGGAAGCAAUGGAAGCACUUGGAAAUGGGAUUACCGAAGAAGAAGCGGAGGAACUCAUCCAAAAAGCUGAUAAAGAUGAAGACGGAUUAGUUAACAUUUCAGAGUUCCAGGCCGCCUUUGAGAUGUUAGACAUAAAGGGGACAGGAAAGAUAUCAAUAGCACAACUUCCUAACACUAUUCGUUGUUUAGACCCCACCGCCAAACACGCUGAUAUAAACAACAUGAAGAAACUCCUGGACAAAGACGGAGAGUUCGGCUUCGAAGAUUUUGUCAAUGUUUUGGCUGUCCGAAUGCGACAAGCAGACAUUGAGGAAGAAUUGCAGAGAGCAUUUCGGAUUUUUGAUAAAGAUGGUGAUGGGUUCAUAACAGUUCAAGAACUUAGAUUUCUGAUGACAAAUUUAGGAGAAAAGUACAAGGAGGAGGAAGUGAUAGAAAUGAUACAAGUGGCUGACAUUGACAAAAAAGGGAAGGUUGAAAACCUCACAGAAGAACAGAUAAACGAUAUCAAAGAAGCGUUUAAGGUAUUUGACAAGGACGGUGAUGGAACUGUCAGUACGGAAGAACUAGGAGCCGUAAUGCGAUCAAUGGGACAGGACCCCACAGAAAAAGAACUGAUGGACAUGAUAGCGGAAGUCGAUGUAGAUGGUAAUGGUGAUGUGGAGUUUGAUGAAUUUCUGCAAAUGAUGGCAAAGCAAAUGCAGUGUACGGAUUCACCGGACGAGCUGAUCGAGGCCUUUCAAGUGUUUGACGAGGAUAAGACAGGGCAUAUAUCUGUGGAUGAGUUCCGAAGCGUCAUGACGACGCUGGGGGAACAAUUAACUGACAAUGAUGUUGAUGAAAUGAUUGCGGAUACUGGAGUGGGAAGCAAUGGAUAUAUUCGAUAUAAAGAUUUUGUGAAGCAUAUUACAUCGAAGUAACCCAAUGUAUAUCUAAAAUGUUAAUAAAUGGUUAAGAAUGCAUUAAAA